AUGGCUUUUGCCAAUGGCUUUGGCAUUAUUUCGCUUCUAACCUAUCUUUUUAGGAGUUUCUAAAGUUUGUUUACUUUGUUUAACAACAAAACAUUCAUAAAACAUUUACUGAAAUAAUAUAAACAAUUUAUAAGAUGCCCCCAGUCCCUACAGUCCCAGUUCCAACACAGUGUUGCGUUCACCGUUGUCUCAGUACGUCAGAUAUAAAGGGCAAACAAUUUUUUUAUCUUCCUCAACCAGCUAAAAAAAGGAAGCAAUGGUUAGAACUCAUAGGGAGACCGGAUCUUAUACCUCUCUCAGCUUCUUUUGUAAGGCUGCAUUAUACAAUAUGUGAAGACCAUUUUCCCGAUUAUAUGUAUUCUUGUCCUGGCAAGCUUUUUUUGAAGGACACAGCCCUUCCAAUAUUGUUGCCCGAAGCGCCACCUGGCGAACCUUCAACUCCGCCUGAUGAACCUUCAACUCCACCUGAUGAACCUUCAACUCCACCUGAUGAACCUUCAACUCCUGCAAUAGUAGAAGUGUUUUCGGCAUAUAAUGAUAAUUCUGCUAGAAGUACCAAACGCAAAUCUCCAGUUAUUCUCGAAUAUGGUUCUUCUAAGAAAGUAGUGUUAGAAAGUGCUUAUGCAGAGGAUGAAACUUUAAUGCACUUAUCUUCCAAUGAAUAUUUGCCCGAGGUUCAGUCCACGGAUUUAGCUAAUAAAAUAAAACUUUCAUCAAAAAACAGCGACUAUUUAACAGAAUUUGAGGCUUUUGUCAUAAAAAAUACUAAUUCUUUUGGUGCACAAAUAAAACCAAAAGGUCCCAAGGUGAAUCAGGCACCUCAAGAUGUGGGAAACAAUGCAGAUGUUGACCCAUUAUCAUCCAAUAGUUCGACCAGCUCUACAAAUACGAAUCUACCUAAAAUUAAUAUUAUUUAUACCAAGCCAGUAUUGGAAAAUGCAGAAACUAUACCUCAGAAUAUUAUCAGAAAAAUGAAUAAUAAAAGAGGUUCUUAUACAUCAUAUCCUCCCCCACACACCAAAAAUUCUCCCCCAGUUGUUACAACGGAAUCCAGUGGCCCGGUCAACAAAAUCCAAGUUGUUGAUGUUCGAUCGCUCUCGGAUCCUGAGCCUACGCCUCUCAAUUUAUUUGCGCCACAGACUGGGAUGACUCUUCCGUUUAACACUGUACCAGAGUCAAGUUAUAUUAAUAUGGCUACCGGUAGCAUUUAUAACUAUCCAAACGUUCAACCAUUUGCGUAUAAUUACGGACUAAUGCAACCAUACGAGACUACUUUGAAUCAGAAUAUUGCAUUGUCACAACAAGGAAAUUUUAGUGUGGGUCUACUGAAUAGCGUGGGACUACAGAACUGCGCGUUAGCACCAGAUGGCGUAGUACAACCAAAUGCCGUGGGGUUACAGACUAACGUUCCCUUUGUGUCGAUUGUGUCGAUUAAAGAUCAUAGUUCAAUCUCUGACACAGUAUUACCUGAACAAGGAAAUUGUAGUGUGGGAAUGCCAUAUAACGAGGGACAAUCACAGGGCGCAGGAGUCCAAACGAAUGUUUCUUUACCCAGUAUUCUGUCGGUUGUAAGCGUGAACGAUCAAAUUUCAACAUCGAAAUCUGUAAAUAUGAAUUCUAUUCCAUAUUUACCUGUACCAAGAAAUUUUACCGUGGGGCUACCAAAUGACGCGGGAUUACCAAAAGGUGUAGAACAUCAAACGAACGAUUCUCUAGCUAGUAUUGUGUCGGUAAAUCAAGAAGAUUGUAAUUCAAUAUCGAAGUCCGUAGAAGAGAUUGCUGACCUAUAUUUCCCUGUACUAAGAAAUUAUGACGUGAAACAGCCACGUGGACCGGGACGACCGCGCGGUUCCGGACGAGCACGUGGACCGGGACGUGCACGUGGCCCGGGACGAACACGUGGUGCCGGACGAGGACGUGUUGCGAGACUACUAGAAGACGUGGAACUCCAAUUAAACGAGCCUCUAGCUAGUAUUGUGCCAGUUGUAAAUACGAAAGACAGUAAUUCAGCGUUGAAUUCUGUAAAAAAGAUUCCUGAGACAUUAUUGUCUAAACAAGGAUAUUUUAGCGCGGAAUUACCAAAUAGUUUAGGCCACCAACCGAACGCUCCUUUACCAAGUAUUGUGUCGGUUGGAAGCGUUUUUGCGGAUGAUACGACAUUACCAGAACAAACUGAUUAUACUGUGGGACUACCGAAAGGCGUAGGACUACCAGACGGUGUACAGCUACCAAAAGUGGCGGGACUCCAAGUAAACGCUACUUACCCUGAUAUUGUGUCAGUUGUAAGCGUUAAAGAUCACAAUGCGAAGACGAAGUCGGUGACAAUAUCUGCUUCCCCGUUACAAACGUACAGUAAACGGCAGAAUUCAAAUAUGAAAAUCAUUAAUUCUGAACUAAGUCCAAAUUCGAACACUUUUGAUGUCGAUCCAUUGGAGUUUACUUCAGAUAUGGUUGACUUAACAUCACUCACAGAAGACCAGAAUUCUACAAGUGUUUCUUCUGAUUCUCUCCCAGAGCAUUCAGCUAACGUAGCACAAGAAGCUGAUCCAUUAGAGUCAAAUUCGAAUGAAUUUUUAGUUUUGGAACUUUCAUCAGUUAUUGAUUUGACGUCAAAGGAUGAUGAACAGGACAGUAGUGAUGUUCCUGCACCAACUCUUUUGAGUUCAAACCAAAAAGAACCUUGGAAUUUACAGAAUUCCAAUGUGCAAAUUGUUGAUUUGACUUCAAGGGAUGAAGAAAUCCCUGAAAGUGUGGGUUCUGUGCCAAAUGCCGAUCCUCUGCGAUUGGAUAUUAUUGAAAACCAAUCUUUGGAUUCAAAUAGCGGUAGCAGUAGCGAAACGAACGUUGUAGACUCGACAGUAAACGAAACAGAAUUGACCAAUCAACUAAGGCUGGCGAUUGCAACUACACCUAAUACUGAAAUGAGAGUAACUUCGAGUUCUGAGAAGCGUCGAAAAAGCGACGAAUAUCACAGUACUUCUUGUAGCACACCUAUAGAAAUAAUAGAAGAUUCUGAUCCCGAAGGCGAUACAGGAGAGGACUCUAACAGUGUAUCAGGUGCAGAGAAUAUGGAGUACAAAGAGGCCCAAGAAGUAAUUCUGAAUAAUAAAAAGAAGAUACGAAGUAUGCAAUUGAAAGUGAGAAGAUUUCGUAAGGAUAUAAGGCAGUUAGAAAUCAGUAUUCAAAGUCUGCGUAAAGAGUAUGAUAUUUCAGACGACGAAAGUAUUGAACUAAAAACUUAACAGCCUUAACAGAUAGAGGAGGAGG